AUGAAAGCCAUCUCCGUCGAAGAAAUAUCUCAAACAUGGCUCUCAGAAAACCUCCCCCGAUUGGAAGAUUCCGGAAUCAGAGUCGUUUUCACCCAUGAUCAAACAAAAUUAGCCACUAUAACCUAUGGAGCCUCAACCCCAAUAUUUCCACCCAGAGGAACCACCAUGAUCAAAACCAUCACCCUCGAAUCAUCCCAGAUCCUGUAUUCUACUUGGAUUAAAUCCUCGCAAUGUCGGACUUGUCCAGCGGGGGAAACAUGUACAGUAUGGCCCCAAUUGGGGACAUUCGAAUGGCAGAUUGAUACACCAUCCACUGAUAAUCCGGGUGAAGAAUUUCACAAAGUGGAUUGGAAGGUUGAUAAUACGGAAUUAUCAUUUGAUGAAGUUAAUUUUUUGGCACCGGCAAAAUAUUUGGUUAAGUCGUUGGUAUUACCUGCCAAAACAUAUAAUUGUACUUCUGUUGGUGGGAAUAAUGAAACUGAUAUAGAAGCGAAGAUUUGGUUAUCUUAUAAGACUUAUACUGCGAGUUUGUAUGUGAGUGUAGAAGUGAAGGAUGAUUCGGGAUUUAGACAAGUGGCUUGGUCUGCUCCUAGAGUUGAUGUCCCUAUUAAUGAGGGGUUGCAGACUGUUUUAUGGUGCGGGUUGGAACCUGAUCUUUGUCAGAGUAGAGGGUAUAAAGCUGCUGAAUGGUAG